CCCACGGGUGCUGAGCUUGGAGGCUGAGGCGGAAGGAGGCUGUCCCCAUGGGCUCUCAGAAAACAUCGUUGGCCACCACGUACCUGCUGGGGAUGCUGGUCACUUCCUGCCUCGGGUCCAGGUGGGACGGGCCAGAUUUCCAGGUGAGGUUAACUGGCUCCCCGUCAAGGUGCCAGGGCCAGCUGGAGGUCUCCAUCACGGGGGACGUGUGGCUCACAGUGUGCCGGCGGAGCUGGGGUGGGAGCCUGGACCGCCUGGACGAAGCUCCCCAACACAGGUGGGAAGUCUGCCAGCAGCUGCACUGUGGGGAGAUCUUGGCCUUCCAGUUUUUCCCAAGGUUCAGCAUCCCCCGGAACCAGAAACAGAUCACCUGCCACGGCCCCACGGGGUCCUUCUCCAACUGCAGCACCAGCUCAGCGCCGGCACAGUGCCCUCCACUGGGCCUCAUCUGCCAGGGCUUCCAGACGGCACCUCCACCACCCACGAGCCCCCCACCCACGACUACCCCAGAACCCACAGCUCCCCCCAGGCUGCAGCUGGUAGCAGGGCCCGGGAGCCCGCAGUGCGCAGGCGUGGUGGAAUUCUACCACGGCAGCCAGGGUGGCACCAUCCUCCACGAGACCCAGGAGCCGCUGGACAGCCUGGGCAACCUCCUCUGCGCGGCUCUCCAGUGUGGAACCUUCCUGAAGCAUCUGCCACAGGCUGAGGUAGCCAGAGCCCCAGGCCUGCAGGAACCAAUGAGAGAGACAGAGACAGAGACGGCCAGUGCUGGUGGGGCUGAGCGAAGGAGCCCUUUGCCAGCUCGAUGGAAAGUCCAGAACUCCAGCUGUGCCUCCCUGCCUCAGUGCUUCCAGAAAAUACAGCCCCAGGAGGACAGCCAGGUGCUGGCCCUGGUCUGCUCAGGUUUCCAGCCCAAGGUGCAGAGCCGCCUGGUGGGGGGCAGCAGUGUGUGUGAAGGCAGUGUGGAGGUGCGCCAGGGUGCGCGGUGGGCCGUCCUGUGUGACAGCUCUGUGGCCAAGCGUCUGGCCCGGUGGGAAGAGCUGUGCCAGGAGCAGCAGUGCGGCAGGGCCAUCUCCUUCCGUGCGCUGGACGCCAGUGGGACCUCUGCAGGGCUCUCCUGUCCCCAUGAGAAGUUGUCCCAGUGCUACAAGCUUCAGGAGAGAAAAACCCACUGCAAGAGGGUGUUUGUCACAUGCCAGAAUCCAAACCCAGCAGGCAUGGCUGCAGGCACCGUGGCAAGUAUCAUCCUGACCCUGGUGCUUCUGGCUGUACUGCUGGUCAUGUGUGGACCCAUCGCCUACAAGAAGCUGGUGAAGAAAUUUCGCCAGAAGAAGCAGCGCCAAUGGAUUGGCCCCACCGGAAUGAGCCAGAGCAUGUCUUUCCAUCGCAACCACACCGUGCGGUCCCAGGUUGAGAACCCAGCUGCCUCCCAUGUGGACAACGAAUACAGCCAGCCUCCCAGGAACUCCCACCUGUCCAGUUAUCCAGCUCUGGAAGGGGCCCUGCAGCGUGCCUCGGCCCAGCCCGACAACUCCUCCGACAGUGACUAUGAUCUUCACACAGCUCAGAGGCUGUGAAAGGUCCCUUCACUUCACAGGACUGGGAACCAAACAAAAGACCCAGAGCCACCCUCAGCUGUCCUGAGGACACUCUGCUUUCACCAUUUGAAAGCGACAUCCCAUUCCUACCCCCGGCCAGAACCUGGACACAGAGACCACGCCCUGCCACACAUCCUGUGCCCUGCAGUGGUGCCCAGCUCCCACGGCCCUGUCCUUCCAACCACAGCAGCUGCACAAGCCCUACCCCCACCCCAACAAUGGAGUUUACAAGAGAGUAGAGCCCAGAUGUAACCUGCCCUCCCAAGCAGAGAUCAGGGUGCCAGAGGGGGUCCCCUUUUCCUAAGCUCCAGGCCCUUCCCAUCUGCACAGAGAUAUGCCUUUGAGGAAGUGCAUGGAUUUCUCUUAUGUAUUUUUAAUGUGUUCUUUGUAAAUAAUGAUUUUUCAACUUCUUGA